UUUGUCGAUAGCUUGUGAUAAUAAUUGUGAUCAACUUGAAAUGUUUUAUAUAAUUUUAAUUCUGAACCUUUGCAUCUUGUACUCGACUGUCAAUGCCGACACUCCUCCAGCUGCAAAAUACAAAACCUGUUCAGAUGCUCCGAAAGACGUUUGUGGCUUAAACGCAAAAUGUUUUGAUGCCUUAAGCAGCUCUAAGUUCCAAACUUAUGGUGAGCCAUUUUGUGCAUGCCUUCCUAAUUUCUCUGGACAACCACCAAACUGUAAAUCACUUUGCCCAAUUGACUGUAAAGCUGAUGAGUAUUGUGAUGUAGCUAAUAAGGUCUGUAAGAAAGGAUGUGCUUCACUUGAUGGCUGUAAACCUGGUGAAUAUUGUGAGUCAAAGACAAAAACAUGUAAAGCUGGAUGUUUAGUCAGCACAAACUGUAAUGCUGAUGAAUAUUGUGAUUAUGGAAAGAAUGUAUGCAAAAAAGGUUGCAGAACCAGUCAAAGCUGUAAAGAUGAUGAAUACUGUGAUGCAGGAAGCAGACAAUGCAAGAAAGGAUGUAGACUUCAAACAAACAGCUGUAAACCAAAAGAAUAUUGUGAUUCAACUCGUGUUUGUAAACCGGGAUGUUCUGCACAUGCUGAUUGUGCAUCAGAUGAAGUUUGUAGAACUGACCAUAAAUGUAUUAAGGGAUGCAUCAGAUCGCCAUGCGGUUCCAACUCAGACUGUUCAGUUGUUAAUAAUAAAUAUUAUUGUACAUGCAAAACUGGUUUCUUCCCAGAAAAUGGAAAGGGAUGCAGAGCUAAACAAACUGCUGAUGUAAUUCCAAAAGAUGAGAAAGAUCUUGACUGUAAAAAAUACUGCAGUGAAUUAGGAUUGUGUAAAUUGAAUAACAACAAUGUUAGCUGCUUUUGUCCAAGAGUUUCAUGGGGAAAUCCAUACAAUGAUUGUAAACCAAAAACACCACCAGCACCUCCAAAGUCACCUAAUGAUGUCCCAUUAUCUGCAUUAAGUAUUGCAGCUACGACCGGAUAA